UCACCACCAACAAACACACACAAACAGAGACACCUGUACACACACGCAGACAUGUACAUACACACACAGACACAUGUACACACACACAUACAGACACAUGUAUACACACACAGGCACGUACAGAUACGUACAUACAUACACAGACACAUGUACGUACAUACACACAAACACACAUGUACACACACACAUACAUGUACAUACACAUGUACAGAUACACACAUGUACAUACACACAGACACAAGUACAAUAGUACAUGCAUACACACACACACCCCAUAAAAAGUUGCAGUACUUCGUUGUUCACUCACAGAUCCGAGUACUGCACUCUAGGGGGAGGCAGAGAGCACAACACACACUCCUUGCUUUGCUUUCACUGCGCUCAGCUAUUGAGCAGUCUGAAGGCUCCCAGUGCCAAUGACAGAUCCG